UGUCGACGUUUGAAGUUUACUACAACAGUUGAUGGAUAUGCUCUUAAAGGUCAUGUGAUCAAGAAUAUCUCCGUCAAAGCUGCUAUUCAUCUGCACAGUCAUUGUAAAAACCUAUGUAUAAUGGAGGAUACCUGUGUAUCCAUCAAUAUAGGUCUCUUAAAAGGCAGAUUUCUUUGCCAGCUGAGUAACUCUGACCACAUAAAACAUCUAGGAGAUCUUGAGAACGAGGAAGGAUUCACGUAUAGAGGCAGAGAGGGGAGCAACCCGCUCAAUAACACAAUGGUAAGCAAAUUUAUACCAAAUUCAGACGAUCAGAUCUGCUAGUGGUCGAUGCCAGGAUCUGUCCGCCUACAGGAGCAGAAAUGACGUCACGUUGCUGUGAUCUGUCAGAGUACAGUCGCACAACUGACGUCACGUUUCUUUGCGCCGUUAAAGCGCAAAGAAAACAUUUUAAAAGCCAUGCAGUUUGAAGUCAGUUCUUUGUUCUCCUUGCUGGUGAACUGUUAUUAAAAAACAAAACUAAGAAAAGAGAACUGAAAGUGAAGCAUUAAAGAAAAAACUCUCUCUUCUCCCAACAUAAUUUAAGAUAAUGGACAGUUUUGAGAAUCCAAUCUUACUUAGAAGACAACAGGGCAAUGACAUUUGAGAAGAGCCAAGAAAUUUAGCAAUAUUAAAGAGUGGGUAAAUACAGAUUUCAUGAGGAAAACUUAAAUGAAAAAUUGAUAAAAUUGAAAAAAAAAACAGAGAAAAGUUUGAUGCAAUAUCAUUGUUUAUUCAUCAGUAUUUUACAUCACAGCAUUAAGAUGGAGAUCACCUUUUUUCAGCGUGUAGCCAUGAUUAUAGUACUCAGUCUGUUUCUUCUUUAUAAGCACUUCUAUCAAAAUCUAAUAGAACAACCUAAAUCAAAAAGAAAAUAUGUUUAUGAUUAAAGUUGACUAAGCUAUAGUUUUGGUUUGGUUUCAGAGCGCGUGCCACACCAGCCCGUGUCUAAAUGGAGGCACAUGCCAACCUGGAAUAACGGUUAUGGACUAUACAUGUGUCUGUCAAUCCGGCUUUACGGGAAAAGGAUGUGAAAAAGGUAAAAGUUACGUCAGUUAUGAUAAGUAGCAAAAGUAGUUCGCACGCCUCCAGAUCCCCACCCCCUUCCCAGCACCCAUUUGUCGGUGGCCGACAACCCUCCGAUCAACAGAAAUCAUGUAAUUCAUCUGAAAAAAAGAAACUUGAAAGCCUCCUUCUCCCUCCAAACAAUAUUGCCUGGAAUCGGUGAGCAGUUUGAUAACAUCAGUGAAAUGGGGGGAAGGAGAGAGAAAUGAAAUUUACAGAAAAAAUUAAAAAAGUAACAGAGCGUACCAUUUAUUGUAGUUAAAUAUUGCUGACAUUGUGUAUUUUUUUAUUGACGCAUCGCGACGGUCUUAGGUCUUAGUAAAAUCUAACCCUUGGUAACUGACAUCUAGGUUUCCUCACUCAAGAUUGGUUUUGUAUAGGUAAUAACAUGAUUUGGAAUGCAAUUUAGUGUUAAUAAGCACGAGUAAUUUUUUUGAAAGACAACAAAAUUGCACGAGCGCGUAGAGCAAAUGCAGUUUGUUGUCUUUGAAAAAUUCCAAAGCGCUUAGUACACCAAACUGCAAGAGAAAUCAUAUCAUUACUUGUUAAUAAUGUAUGCGACAAAACAUCGCAGAAAAUCGAGAUAGACGAAAUGUUUGCAAUUUAUACUCGUGUUUCAACUUUGCACUCGCGUUACAUGAGAAUGCAUUCGUUUUUAGCCAAUAAGAAGCACGUAAUUUUUUUCAUGUACAUUAUUGGAUCAGUUAUUCUGCACAUUUCAGGGUUCAACGCCGUAUUUACAAACCUAGACAGAACAGGACGCACUGGUCCCAAAUCACUUGACAAUCAUUACGCAGGUCAGGAUCACGAUGGACAAGUUUCUUUGUCGAGAGGUAUUCAACUCUGGACUGUGCCUUAUUCUGGUCACUACAGAAUAGAAGCAAUUGGAGCCGCAGGUGGUUACAAUGAGCAGCACGACGGCAUAUACGCCGAGUAUCGAGGAAGAGGUGCAAGAAUAAGCGGGACUUUUGUAUUGAUUAAUGGAGAAAUCAUUCAAAUUCUCGUUGGCCAGGAGGGGGGCAAGAGUGAACGCACAAGUAGUGGAGGGGGUGGAUCUUUUGUAGUCAAAGAAACAAACAACUGCUUGGUAAUUGCUGGAGGAGGUGGUGGUGUAAUCGACCCGCAAUCAAGACAUGCAGGAUGUGAUGCCAGUGCAAACACAACGGGGAAUCCUGGCUAUAGAUCAUGGUCGGGGGGGAGCAAUGGACAUGGUUCCCAGACGGUUGAUGAUUGUAAAGCAGGUCAGGGUCUAUAUUAUAAAUAAAACGUGACGAUAAGUAAUGGUAAUGGAACUGAGUGGAGUCCAAUUCGGUCUGUAAUCAUACGAGUGAUAACAAAGUCGGACGACUGGCAGCGGGAGUCUGUUUUGUUUAUCAGGAUUUAUUACUCAAAAAUUACAAUUACCGAGAAAGAAGAAUGGCCAAGUUAUGAAAGACAAAGAACAUUUGUCUGUACACUGAUUCUAUGGUUGUUGAGUUCAAGGUUGUGAUUGGUUGAUUUUAAUUACAACUUUGAAUAUGAUUGGCCUAUUGAACUGUCCAAUAAUAACAACUUGGCAAGUGAAUUAGUGGAAAGUAGGAAAUUAUCAAACCAAUCACAAUCGAGGAAAUUGUUAUCUUAAUGAUAACAAGGGGAAGACUUCGAUUAAAAAAUAUGUAGUUAUAAUUAUUGUUAGAAUUUUAUUCGAGGAUGGUUCCAACUGAACAGUUCACUUUAGCUGUUUUUAGUCUGAAACCGUGAUUAUUUACACCAAAUUGAAUCCGAACUUAUUUGACUAUCUAUACCUAUAUGACUGAUAUUUAUUAUUUGAUGUUCAGGUGGCGGUGGCGGAGGUUUUUACUCAGAUGGAAGGAGUGGACUGGAAUAUGGAGGAGUAUUAGGAAAUGGCAGCGAAGGUGGUAAGGCUUUUCUCAACGGAGGGAAAGGGGGCAGGGCCGCAAUGCCUAUUAUGUUUGGCGGCUUUGGUGGCGGUGGUGGAGGUACACACUAUAAAGGGGGUGCAGGCGGUGGAGGGGGGUACUCUGGAGGAAGCAGCGGGGCUGGUGUAAGCGAUUCCUGUGGGGGUGGAGGUGGAUCGUUUAACUCGGGAAGAGAUCAGCGGAAUGAUUGUUGUUACAACUCAGAUGGGCAUGGUCAGGUGACCGUAACAUUGCUGAAAGGAAACUAG